AUGGAAAGACACACUAAGAAAACUAAAAAGAUUGUUGAAGAAGAUGAUACUUAUAUAAAUGAUAAAAUAAAACCUGAAGUAAAUCAAACUAAAUAUUUGCUGUAUAGUAUUUUUGCUAUAGGUUUUGUGGUAAUAUACUCAUAUUACACUAUAUAUAAAUCAGAUUUUGGAGACGAAGUUGUUAAAAAGCAACCAUUAUCAGAACCUGUAUAUGCUGUUAUUAUCGACGCAGGAAGUACUGGUUCAAGAGUAUUAGCAUUAGCUUUUAAAAAAACACCAAGUGGUUCUUUAGAGCUAGAAGAUGAAUUAUUUGUACAAGUUAAACCAGGCUUAUCUAGUUUUGCUGAUGAUCCAAAAAAAGGUGCUGAAUCAAUUGAUCAGUUAUUAGCCAAAGCCAGAAAUUUUGUGCCAGAACGGUAUUGGAAAAGUACACCACUUGCAAUGAGAGCAACAGCAGGCUUAAGAUUAUUACCAACAGAAAAAGCAGAUGGUCUCCUCAAUGAAGUAGUACAGUUAUUUGAACACAAUCCAUUUUAUACCAAUGAAAAUUCAGUAGCCAUAAUGGAUGGUAUUGACGAGGGUCUUUUUUCAUGGUUUACAGUUAAUUUUCUUCUUGACCGUUUGAAUGGUAAAUUGACAAAUUCAGUAGCUGCUCUUGAUUUAGGUGGUGGAUCUAUACAGAUCACAUUUAUCCCUACUAAUAGUAAACAAAUCAUAAAAGAAUUACCAGAAUUUAUUACAGAGUAUUCGAUAAUGAAUGAAAAAGUAAACUUGUAUAGCCACAGUUAUUUAGGUUUGGGAUUAAUGGCUGCUAGAAAGAGUGUGUUUACUGUUGAUGGUGACUUGUUGAAUGUUACUAGUCCAUGUGUUCAAGAAGCGGCCAAAGGAACACCUUACAAAUUUGCUCAAAAUACCUACCACGUAACUGGGGCACCAUCAAAAAAAGGUCCAGCUGUUGAUUACUUGCUAUGUAAGAGUAUUAUUGAAGCUGUGGUUAAAACCGUGUACACUGACAAACCCAAAGAUUUGCUCAACCAGAAAAUAGUAGCAUUUUCGUACUUUUAUGACAGAGCUCAAGAUGCCGGUCUCGUCAGCGAAGAAGGAGGAGACGUUACCAUAAAAUCGUUUUAUGAAGCAGCAGAGAGAGAGUGUUCUCAAACCAGUUAUAAUGAGCUACGUCCAUUUAAAUGCCUUGAUUUAACUUAUAUUUCUGUAUUAUUGGAACAAGGUUUUGGUUUACCGGUCGAAACUUCAGUCUCUUUACUAAAUACUAUUGAUGGACAUGAAAUAAGUUGGGCGCUUGGAGCAGCUUACCAUAUUUUACAAAAUGGACUUUAA